GCGCUGUCAUUGUUUCCGUUUCCACCUCCGAGAAGCCUCACGCCUCCACAUAUCUUUUUUGUUUUGCCGUGAAUCCGUUACGUUACGUGGAGCUUGGUCUAUCUGACGUGUUUAGUUAAAAAUCUUUUUCAACAAUGGGGGACAUCGAGGCUCCCAACUCGAAUCAGCCGCGCCAGACUAUCCUACUCUCUGUUCUUCCGAGCAAAGAGUUCGUCUCCUCUAGGAAAGGCAUGCUGCUUAUUGCUGAAGUGGCUCUGUCCUUUGUAUCAUUUGUAUGUUUCGCGGCAUCCACGGCAGCAGCCUUUGUGACAGUUCCCCUGCUGGAGUUCCUGGCUUCUCUCUUCUUGUUGUUUGCUUACUCCACCAAAUUCAAUGAGAGGUUUAAAGGCUUCCUCUGGCCUCUUAUGGAUUUCAUGAGAUGUGUGACUGCCUCCAUUAUCUUUUUCAUCAUCUCCAUAAUUGCAGUGUCCAGAUAUGUGGACGGGUCCUCUAAGGCUGCUGGGGUAUUUGGCUUUAUUGCCACCAUCGUUUUCGCUUUAGAUUUUUACCUCAUUUUUAAUGAGCUGGCCAAUUUCCUAAAGCAAGGAGGGGAGUCCAAUGAUGAGCCAUCAAGACAGCAAGAUGAGUGUUCAGACUCUGAUUCGGACUGAGACCACGGGGAUCUUCACCAGCGGACAUGUUAUAUCAUACAAAACAAACCUUUGCAGGAGAAAUGGCCACCAUUGAGUUGCCAUCUGCAAAGAUCCACAAGUGUUUCAAUAUGCCACAAGGUUACAUUAAUUCUGUGUACAGUAGAAAUCACAUCAAGGUCACACUGACAUCUGGAGCCGAACAUGUGUGUAAGAGGGGGAACCAAAUCCUCUCCAGUUAUCCUCUGAAUGGGUUUCUUCCGUUGUGCAUCCAAGGGUGGAAAUAUAUUUCACACAUUAAUCAUGUUGAGGCAUUCAGGAAACAAGUCUAAACUGAUAUGUCAAAUAUGUUGGUCUUUUUAAAUUACUAAUUUACUGGUCAUUACAAGUAGUUUCUAAAAUAAUACACAAAAUGCUCUGUUCUUUUUCAUGCCCAAACUCAUAUCCAAUGUCUUAGAUGAUUUGGGAAAAAUAUAAAUGCCAUUAUCAACCUGAUACUUAAAUGAUCAUAAAGCUGUGAAAUAGUUUGGUCUCAUUAUUAUAGUUUGUACAUAUAGUUUGUUUGUACAUCUACAUGUUGGAGCAUAUGUCUAAAUCUGAAAUAAUGACAAAUAUUGACUUUUGGGCAUGUACUGUGGCUCUAAUUACAGACAUAUUAAACUACAACACUAAAUAAAUGUCCUUAGUGAAUAGGAGUACUAAUAAUUAAGUUGCGUUCUAACAAAGAUGUUUCAACCUUUUUAAAUGGAAGUGCUACAUAAAAAAUGGAAACACAGGCCUAUAUAAGUGGGGCAUCAUCAUCAUUUAUAAACUUACAGUAUUACUAUAAAGAAACAUAUGUACAGUAUAUAGAAGAACAGAUUGGUUGCAGGUUGGCUGGUUACAAACUCUGUCCAACUGUUUUAACUCUACAGGAGUGUAUUUUUUUAAUUUGAGGAUGUUUGCUGAUCUUUCUUUAAAUUCCACUUUUGGGUCAACAGAGUUCCUGUGGUGUGCUUUACUGCAUGACAACCUUUUCUGGGUUAUUACACUGUUUAUAUGUCCCAACAUGUUUAUGUUUAAGAGUUAAGCUGUAAGCAACAGAAAUGAUGAUACAUUUUCAAAAGUUUGACAUACCUCGCUGCCUGUCCAAUUGCGUUUUUUUUUUUUUUGUUGCCGAUUCUGCAUGUGUUUGAUUCUUCAGUUCCUCCAUUGCCACUACUGAGAAAUUAGACGCACUAGAAUGCCACAGUGACUGUUUAUGUAGUAAACACUGCACUACAUGAGUGUUACAACAGCACUGUGAAUUGAAAAUGGAUGACUGAAAAAUGGCAUCAGUGGCAUCUAAUUUCCAUGUGGAAAGCAUUGUACUAAUAGUUAAGAAAAUACUUCCAAAGUUGAAAUUACAUCCAAUAAUUAUUCACUGUUGUGCCUUAUAUGGGAGAGUUUUGAUAGUUUGUUACUUCGGUGGCUUCAUUUGUGUUAAUAUUUUGUUUGAAUGAUGCGUAGGCAGAAAUAUGCAGAAGUUGUUAUUAAUACAUUGAGACUAAAGUUGAGAAAAAGCUCCCAGAUCUAUGCCGGCCGAGGGCUAGAUGUGCACACAUCUGCAGGGCAAAUGUAAAAGAACCGGCCUUGACUGAUGCUUAUCAGUGUGUGAUGUUAUAUGUCUUCGCUGUCCUGUGAAAACCAUGUAUCUCUAAAACAUUCACUUUUCACAAACUAAGAAAAACAGGCAUGUAAACUUUGGGAUAAUGUAUUUUUCAGACAAUCCAUUUGGGUUUUAAAUGGUUUAUUUAUGCAAAGAAGUAGGAGAAAUUUUACCCAUGAAGAAACAUUUAAUCCUUCUGUUUAUCUGAAAAAUUCAACAUUACCAAAUCUGGAGAUGCAUGGUUUUCACCGGACGGCAACAAAAGUCAACAUACCCCUUUGCCGUGCAUACACAAUUUAAAAAUAAUCUCAUGAUCAAGAUGAACACAGUAUCAGUUUAUACAUGAGGCCGCUUGCUGCACUAUUGUAGGUGAACUAUAACAUUUGUUUUUUACUGUUUUGGCCUUUUGUGCAAAAAAUGUUUGAAUAAAAACCUGAGCUAUUUUCA